AUGGCGGACACUGCCUCGAAGCAUCGAGCUGAGUUUGCCUUUGCUCAGCUUGAGAACGAGAGAUCUCUGACAUCUCUUCGUGACGAGCUAAGGGUAGCUCGUGGGAUUGUUGAUCGGUCUCGGGAUGAGAUAACUGCUCUUCAGACCCUUGUUGAUGCCCACCAUCGGGAGCACAAGGCUCUCUGCGAGAUGCUUGAGCGCAAGGGCGUUCUUCAUCGGAAGAAGCAGCGUACUGAUGGUACGGCUUAA